UUGAACCUCCAGGUCUCCUCUUGUUUGCUGAACAUCGGGAAGACUGUGAUGGGAAUUAAUGUGACAACUCAUUGCCUCAACCUGGAAAACCGUCCUUUAGAAAGAGGAAAACUGCUCAGUGGUGUGGCUGUUGGCUCCAAGGCACAGGGCACGCUGUAAAAGCAAAUGGAUGGAAGGAGCUCAGGGCCCCCCAAACGCAUGUCUGCUGUUGUCUAGUUCUGGGAAGCCCUUGCGUGGGGCCCUGGCAUUCUGGGAUGUCACCAGGUCUGGACGCAUGGUUGAUUCCUGAAUGAUGAUGGUUCGUCGUGGGUUGCUGGCCUGGAUUUCUCGGGUGGUGAUUUUGCUUGUGCUCCUCUGCUGUGCCAUCUCUGUCCUCUACAUGUUGGCCUGUACCCCGAAAGGCGACGAGGAGAAGCUGGGGCUGCCCCGGGCCAAUGGCCCAACUGGGAAAGAGGGGUACCAGGCAGUCCUACAGGAGUGGGAGGAGCAGCACCGGAACUAUAUCAACAGCCUGAAGAAGCAGAUCGCACAGCUCAAGGAUGAGCUGCAGGAGCGAAGUGAGCAGCUCAAGAGUGUGCAGUACCACGCCAGUGACGCCACGGGCCUGGGGCUGGACCGGGGUGCCCCGGAGAAAACCCAGGCAGACCUCCAGGCCUUCCUACAUGCACAGGUGGACAAGGCUGAGGUGCACACUGGUGUCAAGUUGGCCACUGAGUAUGCAGCAGUGCCUUUCGAUAGCUUCACCCUGCAGAAAGUGUACCAGCUGGAGACGGGUCUGACCCGCCACCCCGAGGAGAAACCCGUGAGGAAAGACAAGCGUGAUGAGUUGGUAGAAGCGAUUGAAUCCGCCUUGGAGACUCUGAACAACCCUGCAGAGAGCAGCCCAAUUCAGCGUCCUUACACGGCCUCGGACUUCAUAGAAGGGAUCUACCGAACAGAAAGAGAUAAAGGCACUUUGUAUGAACUUACAUUCAAAGGGGACCAAAAUCAUGAAUUCAAACGACUUGUCUUGUUUCGACCAUUUGGCCCUAUCAUGAAAGUAAAAAAAGAAAAACUCAACAUGGCCAACACGCUUAUCAACAUUAUCGUGCCAUUGGCAAAAAGAAUGGACAAGUUCCGGCAGUUCAUGCAGAAUUUCAGGGAGAUGUGCAUUCAACAGGAUGGACGAAUUCAUCUCACCGUUGUUUACUUUGGGAAAGAACAAAUGAAUGAAGUCAAAGGAAUUCUUGAAAAUACUUCCAAAGCUGCCAACUUCAAGAACUUUACCUUCAUCCAACUGAAUGGAGAGUUCUCUCGGGGAAAGGGGCUUGAUGUCGGUGCCCGCUUCUGGAAGGGAAGCAAUGUCCUCCUCUUCUUCUGUGACGUCGACAUCUACUUCACCACUGAAUUUCUCAAUACGUGUAGGCUGAAUACUCAGCCAGGAAAAAAGGUCUUUUAUCCAGUCCUUUUCAGUCAGUACAAUCCUGGCAUAAUCUAUGGCCAUCACGAUUCAGUCCCACCCUUGGAGCAACAACUGGUCAUAAAGAAGGAGACUGGAUUUUGGAGAGACUUUGGAUUUGGGAUGACCUGUCAGUAUCGGUCAGACUUCAUCAAUAUAGGUGGGUUUGAUUUGGAUAUCAAAGGCUGGGGAGGAGAAGAUGUGCACCUUUAUCGUAAGUACCUCCACAGCAACCUCAUUGUGGUGCGCACGCCCGUGCGGGGACUCUUCCACCUCUGGCACGAGAAGCGCUGUGUGGAUGAGCUGACCCCGGAGCAGUAUAAGAUGUGCAUGCAGUCCAAGGCCAUGAAUGAGGCCUCUCACGGGCAACUGGGAAUGCUGGUCUUCAGGCACGAGAUCGAGGCCCACCUUCGCAAGCAGAAGCAGAAGACAAGUAGCAAAAAGACAUGAACUCCCAGGGGAUGGGUUUUGGGAGAUUUUUUUUUUUUUCCUUUUGCAAUUACUGAAAGAUGGACUGCAACAAGGAAAAGACUUUACAUAAAGGGCAGCAGAAGAAUUGAACUGAUCAGUAAGAGA